AUGAUGCAGCCGUUCUUCUUGCUCAGGCCGCGGUACUCUGGCCUCGCGCUACUUGCCCUGUCUCUCCUCCUGGUCCAACACGCGCAAGCGACGACGUGGGUGGUGGAUGCGAGCGGGAAGGGCAACUUCACCUCACUCGACGCCAUCUACAGCACCAAGGUCAAGCCGGGCGACAUCGUCUACAUGCGCGGGACGUUCACCACCGUGCAGACCCUGCAGAACAUCAAUGGCACGAAAGACAAACCGAUCACCAUCACCAGCUAUCCUGGCACGCGUGCCAUUGUUGACGGCACCACCGCCAACCCCGGCGGCUACCAGGGACUUGUGCGGCUCAACCUGUGCCACUUUGUCGUGUUGGACAACAUCAUCGUUCGCAACUCUUCUCAGUCCGGUAUCUCGUUCUAUUACAACAGUGACUCGGUCGUCCAGAACUGUGAGGUCCACGACGUACAGAUCAGGGGAAUCGGAGGGUGUGGCGACAACGUGGUGAUUCGCAACAACACGGUCUACAAUGGCUGCAUGCAGAACUAUGCCGGCAAAUUUGAGUCCUGGUCGCAAGUUGUCUCGAGCGAUUCGUGCUCGUCGACCACCAAGUUCAACAAGAACUGGGUGAUCGAGUACAACAAGGUCUACAACAGCUGGGGCGAGGGCAUCGACUGCAUCCAGGUGUCCGGCUGUGUGGUCAGGCACAACGUGGUCUACGACACCUACUCUGUCAACAUCUACGUGGACAAUGCGAACGGCGUGGUGAUCGACAGCAACUACAUCUACUCCAAGAACACCAGCUACUACCGCACCACGACCUACACCUGGCCGGCGACCGGCAUCCUUGUCGGAGCCGAGACUUGGCCGGUACUACUGCGCUAG